AUGUCCAAGGAGCUCACCACCGCGGAGGUUGCCUCCCACAACACCAAGAAGGAUCUAUACAUGAUCAUUCACGACAAGGUUUACGAUGUCACCUCUUUCGUCGAUGAGCACCCUGGUGGUGAGGAGGUCCUUCUCGAUGUCGGUGGUCAGGAUGGUACGGAAGCUUUCGAGGACGUCGGACACAGUGAUGAGGCCCGUGAGAUCCUGGCCGGUCUGGAGGUCGGAACGCUGAAGAGACUGCCCGGUGAAGCUGGCCCCAAGACUGGCAAUCCCUCUUCCGUCAGCGUCCCUAAGAAAGACAGCACCGGCCUCGGCAUUGGUCUCUACGCCGUUCUGCUCAUCGGUGGUGCCGCUGCCUACUUCGCCUACCAGUACAUCCAGGCCAAUGCUGAGAAGCAGUGA